GUUGAACGAUUUGCAUUUUGUUGUCUUUUGUGCUAAGCAGGAGAGUGGAGCCCGAUCAAGCAGCAGCGUCUCUUCCCUCUUCCCCGAAUCCUUUUAAAACUCCCUCCCGAACCUCUCCCCUUCUACCCUACCCUUCCCCUAAACACACCUCACGGGACUGUUCAGACCUGAUAAUUGUGACCAAAGACUACUUCUUGGCCAAUCUAGACUUCAGACACUACAGCAGCUAUGGACACCGGUGUGAUUGAAGGAGGGCUCAAUGUCACCCUAACCAUUAGACUACUUAUGCACGGAAAGGAGGUUGGAAGCAUUAUUGGCAAGAAAGGAGAGUCUGUGAAGAAGAUGAGAGAGGAGAGUGGCGCUCGUAUCAACAUCUCUGAGGGGAACUGCCCAGAGAGGAUCAUCACCCUGGCAGGCCCCACCACCGCCAUCUUUAAAGCCUUCUCCAUGAUCAUCGAGAAGCUGGAGGAGGACAUCAGCAGCUCAAUGACUAACAGCACGGCCACCAGCAAACCGCCAGUCACCCUGCGCAUCGUGGUGCCUGCCAGCCAGUGUGGGUCCCUCAUCGGCAAGGGCGGCUGCAAGAUCAAAGAGAUCAGAGAGUCGACAGGAGCUCAGGUACAGGUGGCAGGGGACAUGCUGCCUAACUCCACGGAGCGUGCCAUCACCAUUGCAGGGACCCCCCAGUCCAUCAUCGAGUGUGUCAAGCAGAUCUGCGUCGUCAUGCUCGAGUCUCCGCCUAAGGGUGUAACCAUCCCUUACAGGCCCAAACCCUCAGGCUCUCCUGUCAUAUUUGCGGGUGGUCAGGCAUAUGCUGUUCAAGGACAGCACGCCAUUCCACAGCCUGACCUUACCAAACUCCACCAGCUGGCCAUGCAGCAGAGCCCUUUCCCCAUCGCUCCCAACAACCAGGGUUUCCAGGGUAGGUCAACCGAGGAAGAAUGGAGACAAGAAGCAUUUGAUUAUUUGUUUGUACGUUGCAAUAUUUGCUUUGUAGACACUGACUUGUGUUUUCUCGCUUUAGCUGGGAUGGAUACUUCUGCACAAACUGGCUCCCAUGAGCUGACCAUUCCAAACGAUUUGAUUGGCUGCAUCAUUGGCCGUCAGGGGGCUAAGAUCAAUGAGAUCCGUCAGAUGUCCGGGGCUCAGAUCAAGAUCGCCAACCAAGUGGAGGGCUCUUCUGACAGGCAAGUGACCAUCACCGGCUCCCCUGCCAGCAUCAGCCUGGCUGAGUACCUGAUCAACGCCAGGCUGUCCUCUGAAGCUACUGGACUGGCAGCCAACUGACAUGGAGGAUCUUCAUCAGCACCUGACGUAACCCCCCCUACUUUUUACCGAGAGGUCCCUCACUAAAGUUAAUGCAAAAACCAAGUGUUCUCAACUUACUGUUUUUUACUUUCCUUUGGGUAAACACCUACCUACUCAGCUGUAAUUACAUCAAGGUAUUUUAUUUAUUUAAUGUUUUUAAAAAACCCUUUGCAUAUAGUUUUUUAAAGAUAUUUUGUUUUUGGUUGUUCUUUUUUUGGUGUAUUUAUGUUUUGACCUUAAUAGCUGGGGAAGAAACGUUUUGGAAAAAUCUGAAAAGGAAUAUAUGUUUUUUAUGUCAGAUUUUUCUUACAAAAUGUAAAAAAUGAAGAAAAAAAGACCCAAUAAUAACAUACUAGAUGGACUGUUCCUUCCCUGUAUUUGAUGAUUUGUAUUUAUUGUUUAUUUAAUACACACCAGUCCUCCUGUUAGAAUUCACUGAUAUUUGCCAUUCUUUAAAGCUGAACUUCCUAAAUGAGGCAUUGUGGGUAAUGGGUAUACGUGGGGUGUAAAUGAUGUACUCUUAAGAUGUAACGAAAGACAAGGUCAGAAAUGAAUUGAAACGUCUCUGAAGUGGGGCUAUGUGGAGUGUUUUUAACUGAAUUCUGUCACCUCUUAUUUGCUGUAUUAUUAUUAUUUUGUCAUUCCCGUUUUCAUCCGUUUUAAUUUUUUCCUCAAUCAGGACAUUUGAGUGUUGUUAAUGUGUACUGGAUUCUGGUAGGGUGGGUGUGGCAUGGUAACCCGGAGACAAUGGGCCAGGGGGAUUCAUUUAUUUUCUCUGAAAUUAUUAAGAAGAUAAAAAUUGAUAAUGUUGGAAUAUUUGUUUUGAAUAGAGAAUAUUUUUUUUAACUGCAGGGGUGGGAGGGUGCUGCAAGGGGCAAAACAAAACAAUUAUUGUGUGUCUUUAUAUGACAAGACUUGAGGCAUUCAUUUAAAUAACUAGAAGGAAGAUUCUAGAAUUAACACUAGUUUCCUGCUAUCUCCUUUGCCUGUAUCAGAUUUAAUUUUUUAUUAUUCUUUGCAGGAUGAAGAAACUUACGUUUUUGUGCACGUUUUCAAACUAUUGUAGAUUUGGGUGCAACUGAAUUGUUGAAGAACUUCAAUACAUAAAUAAAAAGAUGUGAAAUGCUAAAACUA